UGGACAGGAAACGACGGAGACGCGCAGCGUGUCUCCUCACCAGCUCCGGGAAAGAAGAGUAGGAAUGGGAUUGUGUGUAGACGAGGCGACGUGUGGAAACAUGAGGAUAACGGGCGGUUUUUAAACUAGAUUAAUCUUUUAAACAGAUAAUUAGGCCUACACGUAGGCCUAUAUCAGGAGCUUUUCAUCUUUUCUCCCUUAGGGCAGGGAUAUUUGCUCUCCCAUUGGAGAACACAGGAGAGGUGAGGACCCUCUUUGUGAAUCCCGUUUCACUAGGAUAAAAGCCCUGUCACGGAGUGGAGUGGGGGUAUUGCUGACCUUUAACCUCAGUAGGAAGGAGAGAAAGCCACUUCAGAGAUGGAGCAGGUGUCAGAUGAUGAGUUGGACCAUGGAGCCGAGGAGGACAGCGACAAAGAGGACCAGGACCUGGACAAGAUGUUCGGUGCUUGGCUUGGCGAGCUGGACAAGCUUACACAGAGUCUGGAUGAUGGCAAGCCUCAGAAACCACUGCAGAAGCCUCCUCUCAGGCAGGAGACGAACAUGGCCAACUUCUCCUACCGCUUCUCAAUGUAUAACAUCAACGAGGCGUUGAACCAGGGCGACGCAGUGGACCUGGAUGCCCUGAUGGCUGACCUGUGCUCCAUUGAACAGGAGCUCAAUACCAUUUCCAAACCCAACUCCGCGUCUCGUGGCCAGAACAAAGGCCAGCAGCGAGCCCCGGGGGGGCGCAGCGCCAGCACCAAGCACACAGGCACUAGUGGAGGAGGAAGCAGCGGAGGAAGCACCAGUAGCAGUACCCGGGCAUCGCCGGCCAACACCGUACGAGGCGGCAGCGUCAACACCCGCCCCGCGGCCUCCAACAUCUCCCUGGAUGACAUCACCUCUCAGCUGGAGAAGGCCUCUCUCAGCAUGGAUGAAGCGGCACGUCAGACCUCUUCCUCUUCUUCCUCCUCCUCGUCUUCUUUCUCCUCCACCACGCUGCGGCGGCCCUCGUCGGGGUCGUCAGGCGGCGGGCAGCACAGGAGGACGGGCUCAGUGGGCACGGUCAGCGAGCGGGAGGCUCCAUCCCAGCGGUCCAGUGUAAACUCAGCGUGUGCCUCAGCAUCCAGCAUGGACUCCCUGGACAUUGAUAAAGUGAUGACGGGUGGAGAGGUGGAGGGCCAGAGCAGCCCGAGCACACAAGGACAAAACCAGACCAGCACAGAGCACUCCUAUCUGGACCGAGAAACCUCGCUCAUUCUGAAAAGCAUAGCAGGAAAGCCUUCUCACCUCCUGACCAAGGAGGAGCAAGCUGCUAAAUUGAAGGCAGAGAAGAUCCGAGUCGCCCUGGAAAAAAUCAAGGAGGCACAGGUCAAAAAGCUGGUGAUCAGGGUCCACAUGUCAGACGAGAGCUCCAAGACCAUGAUGGUGGAUGAGCGGCAGACGGUGAGGCAGGUGCUGGACAGCCUGCUGGAUAAGUCCCACUGUGGCUACAGCCCCGACUGGUCUCUAGUGGAAACCAUCAAUGAGCUACAGAUGGAGCGUAUUUUUGAGGACCAUGAGAACUUGGUGGAGAAUCUAUUAAACUGGACCCGGGACAGCCACAACAAGCUUAUGUUCAUCGAACGCAUCGAGAAAUAUGCGCUUUUCAAGAACCCUCAGAACUAUUUGCUGGGGCGGAAGGAGACAUCCGAAAUGGCUGACAGGAAUAAAGAGGCUUUAUUAGAGGAGUGUUUCUGUGGCGGCUCAGUGUCUGUGCCAGAGAUCGAGGGCAUCCUGUGGCUGAAGGAGGAUGGGAAGAAGUCGUGGAAGAAACGCUACUUUCUCCUCAGAGCUUCAGGGAUCUACUACGUCCCCAAAGGCAAAGCCAAGGCAUCCAGAGAUCUCGUGUGCUUCCUGCAGUUGGACCAUGUUAACGUGUACUACGGCCAGGACUACCGCAGCAAAUACAAGGCUCCUACUGACUAUUGUCUUGCCUUGAAGCAUCCACAAAUCCAGAAGAAGUCCCAGUACAUCAAGUAUCUGUGCUGUGAUGAUGUCAGGACCCUGCACCAAUGGGUGAAUGGAAUUCGCAUCGCCAAGUAUGGCAAGCAACUAUACGUGAACUACCAGGAAGCCAUGAAGAGGACAGAGGCGGCCUACGAUUGGUCCUCUCUCUCUACCUCCAGCAUCCGAUCAGGCUCUAGCUCUGCCAGCAUACAUGAGUCCCAGUCUAACCACUCAGGCCAUUCAGACAGUGGAGUGGACACAGGCUCUUCUCAUGGCCGGUCCCAGAGUGUGGUGAGCUCCAUCUUUUCUGAGGCCUGGAAGAGAGGUACCCAGAUCGAGGAAAGCUCCAAGCAUAUGAGAAUGGAGGCAUCCAGAGGGGCCACCCUGCCGCAUGCUUCCCACAGUCACCGGCAUCACAGCCAGCAUUCAGUUGAUCACCCAGCCCUGACGCCCCCUCCCCAACCUCAGGUGCAGCCGCAGCCUCAGCCUCAGCCCCAGCCCCACCAACAGCACCUACAUGAGCAUCAGCCCCACCAACAGCACCCACCACAGCAUCAGCACCCAUCAAUAUCAAUCCACCCCCAGACACCGACCCAGCCACAACAUCAGCACCUGCCUCCCCAGCAUCAUGCUCCUCAACAGGCCCCACAGCCACCCCCCCAGUAUCCUCAGCUCCCUCAGCAGUCACCACAGUCUCCACCUCAGCAGCCGCAGACCAUCAGCAGCUACAACCACAUGCCCCCACAGCAGCAAGAGCUGGCUCCUCCACCCCCCAUUCAAAUGGUGUCGCACCACUCGCCGGCUCCCACCAUGUACAAGUACAGCACCAUCACCAGGCUGCAGAACCAGAAGGCCUCCCAGUCUGCCAAUCACCACAGGUUGCCCAAUCACCUUCUUGCAUUGGGUCAGCAAGUUUUGCCCACAGCUUCGACGCUGCCUGCAGCACCAGUGCCCAUCAAACCCAAUGUCAAUCACAUUGCGGCAAGGACUAAUGUCCCGCCUCCACCUCCCCCUCCCCCUCCACCGUCCAUGCCAACCCCUGGGUCCGCCAUGGCUGUGUUAAAGCUGGGCCCUCCCAGUCCAGCUACCCCACCUGCCUUUAUUCCUCCGCCCCCAGCACCUCCACCUGCCCCACAGACCAACGGAGUUACAUUUCCUCCCCCACCUUCUCCCCCACCGCCCCCUCCUGCACUGGCCCCCUUGAGCCAACCUGUUAACCCCAACAGGCUGAAGCAGGCCCUUAAGGAAAGGUUUCCCAGCCCGCCACGGGACCUCCUCUCUCCGAAUGGAGGCCUUGAGGAGUCCCCACCGCCUCCACCCCCACCUCCUCCUCCCCAGCACUUCCCAGUGCCAGCCCAGUUCCCACCUCCUCCUGCACCGCCGCCGGCGCCACCCAAAACCUUCACCCCAGGCUUUGUCCCUCAUACUGCCCCCAAACCCGUGUCACCUGUCUCCCCAUUUCCUCCUGCCCCACCUCCUGCUUCCCUGGGCGGCCCGACCCCACCACCACCUCCACCCCCUCCUCCACCUGCACCUCUCAAGAAGCAGUUCAGCCUCCAGGCGGGUCACAUCUCCGGCCACCCCCCUCCAACCCUCCCCAAGCAGCACAGCCUGUCUAAACAAACGGCCUUCUCCACGGGAGCCGCUCCCACCAUGUCUUUGGUGAAACAACUAGCAAGUCAGUUUCCAGGAGCUCCGUCCCAACUCGCCAAUCACACAGAGAGCCCCAAAGCCCCCCUCUCUCCACCUGCAGUAAAGACCAAACCAAAAUGGCAGCCUGGAGGUGGCCAACAGCUGCAGUCUCCAGAGUUCCCUCCUCCCCCUCCAGACAGCAAAGUUGGCUUCCCUGCCCCUCCUCCUCCGCCACCUCCCCCUGCACCACUCCCUCCUGGGAACCUGGGCUCCCCCUUGAGGAGGUCACCCUCUGGGUCCUCCAAUUUCGUGGGCAAGAAACCCCCUCCCACCCCACAGAGGAACACCAGCGUCAAGUUCAACGCCUCGGCUUCCUACGAGGAAUCCAGGAGGAACUUGUUCUGUAAGUUUGCUCCCCAGAACAACGCCCCUCCUUCAUCCCCGUGUCCCACCUCCUCGUCCACUGGAUCCCCUUCCAAGGACCCUUCAGCUGGACCCCCUGCUCCCCCGAAACCAGGCAAGCUCAACCUGGCCAACCUGCCCAUGGCGCUCCAGGCCAAAGUGAGCCAGGUAAAGCAAACCGGCGGUGACUUCCCUACCCCACCACAUGAGUGCGCCUACUUCCCACCUCCUCCCCCGGCCUCUGAGCUCUUCCCCCCUCCUCUGCCUCCCGGUAGUGACGCCCAUAGCGGAGGACCUCCGAGGGUAGCCGUGGUCAACCCCCAGCCCCAGGCUCCCCCUCCUCCUCCGCCUGUCUGCCUUGUCAGCAACUCAUCAUGGGGGAAGAGCUCCCUGAAAAAGACUCCUCCACCCACACUUGUGCGGCGUAAUAACACCACCCCGGAGCCCCCUCCACUCUCACCACCUCCUCCCACCUCCCCAAAGGGCAGCUCAGGCCAGCCCAAUUUCCUGGAGGAUCUCAACCGGACACUGAAGCGAAAGUCAGUGGGUCGCCAAAGUUCUCUCAACUCGGCUGGCCUCACGGACAAGUUUGACCCUGCGGGAACUAUGGACGACAUGGCUCUGCCCCCGCCGCCCCCGGAGCUGCUCCUGGACCAAGGAAAGCAAAGCAAUGGAGGAAAUGGCGGCUACAUGUCCGGAAACAUCUCAGGCUAUGCAACGCUACGACGAGGACCCCCACCCGCACCACCCAAACGGGGGGACACCACCAAACUUACUGGAGAGUGUUGAACUUGGAGAUCAGGACACCAUGAAGAUGGAUGAAUAGACAAUGAACGAGUAUAUGGAAGUGAACAUUCAUUCGUGAAAUGGGAGCGAAUUCCUGAAUUCCUUCCGUCCUCUUGGGAUCACAAUGAUAAAUAGAUGACUGUGUAUAUACUAAAACCCAAACCAGACCAUGGUCAAUUAUUGUUUGCUAAUUAUUGCAAUUUUUUUUUUAACAUGUUUGGCUUUCUGGAUCAGUGUGGUUUAUAAUAUUGGGACAAUAAAGACUGGAGCAGGUAAGUUUGAGGUCACAGAAAAAUAAAACACGACUUUUAAUUUUCUGUGAUUGUUUAAACUCUCUGGAAGACAUUGUAUUUCCCUGUUUAGUAAACCCCACACAUCUGGUACACCAAGCAGACUUAAAUAAACACUAAUAAGAAUUGUGCAAACAUUACUGGAUCCAGGUCUGAGCCAAACCAUGUUAUCCGCUUCUUUGCCAUAAGUUUGUGCCACAUACUGGAGACACAAAAAAAAAAUAUUACACCACCACAGGAUCUUUCUGCUUUGGUACUGCAUGGACUUCAUGUAAGAACAAGCUGUAAAACAUGAAGCUGUUCUGGUGUGUGUGUGUGUGCAUGAUUGAGAGAGAGAGAGAAACUGAGAUGUGUAUACAUGCAUUGUGUGCACGCAUGUAUGUAUGUAUGUAUGCUUAUAUGCCGGUGGAGUAGUUAACCAUUAAAGAAGGCCUUUGUAGAGCGGGGACGGUUAGGUUUGCUUUUAUAUGAAAUUAUUUAAUGAUCGAUAAAUGGAAGGAUUUUUUUUUUAUAAGUCUGUGUUUUAAUAGCUGGUCAACAAAGUCUAGAGAGGAACAAAACAUCAGGGCGCAAUGGAAUGUACUGUAUAUGGAAAGGUGUAAUUGAAAUUACACACAUAAAGAAAGCAAAAAAAAAGUUAAAACUUUCAGAUCUGUUGUCUCAAACAUUUCUAGACUGUUCCACAACUUGGCAAAUGCAAAUCAGAAGGAAGCCUUAUCCCCAAAGUCUGGCACAGAGGUCAAAACGGAAAGGAGAUUUCUUCCAAAUGUUCAGCAGAGUCUGGACUGUGCAACUGGAGAAAAACACACGUUUUUUUAUUUUAUUUUUUAUUUAAUGGACUGUAAAUGGAGGAGGAGGCCUGUAAUGGUGUAUCUUCGUGGACUGUGUGAGUUCCCCGUGCGUUGGCUUGAUUUUGGACCUUAUCCUUCAGUUUGUAUCUGUACAGUUGCAGCUGCUACUCCGUUACUGUUGGUCCCCGCCGCCUUCUAAAGUCGCAUCAUAUCACAAUUCAGGAAGUCGAAUGUACAGGUUGGAUUCAGUCAUGUGAAGUAUACUCCUCUUCUCCACACAAGGUGACCCAGUUGAAAAAGAUACAUUUGUCUGGUUAAUGUACAGAGCGUUACAUCAUGUAGUCAAUAACGGAAAUCAUCUGACUGGCAUUAGACUGAAUGUUGCUUUUAUCUGUGUCGAUCGUAUCUUGUUUCUCCACGGUGCUAUUGGUGGACAGGGACUAAAGGUUAUCAUUUGAUUUUGCACCUGUACAGUGGAUCAUGAAGGGUUUUAAUUUCUCGCAGCAAUGCCUUCAUUUUUACUGUGCUAAUGCUGUCCUUCAAGGAACUCCUCAUCAACAUGUCCUUGUGUGCCAGGAUGACAUAUCAUUAAUAUUUCAUGUUUAAAAUGGUUUUAAAUUGGCUUUAGUGUGGAAAUGUGUGCUUGAAGUGUCAUGAAUAUGGUCGUUUCCACUCACAUUCUUAUGUGCUACGCCACAGUGGUUUGAUCGCCACCUGGAAGGCAGUGUACCAUUUCUUAUAACUGAAUAUCAUUGUCUUUAACAGGAUGUUUGCUACAGUACAGUAUCUAAGUUAUUGAUGUGCUGAUGUGAACAUGGGGCCAAGUGAAAUGAAGAAAAAUGGCUGCAGAUGUUUCCUCUUGCAUAUAAACUGAAAAUCACAAUAUAAAUGUUCAAACCUG